CGGGAGGCGGGGCCUAGAGCGAUGACGUCAUGUUACCACGCCCCCGCCGUCCCGAUAUCUGCCGCGCCGCCCGCCAUUUUGUCUCCAGUGUCUCGUCUGUCGUGGACUGUGUUGGGGCAUCUCUGUCGGUCCGUAGGCGGGAGGCAGGGUACAGGGUCCAUUGUCUGUGUUUGACCCUGUGGUUUGGUCCGAGGCCCUCCGGAGCUCUCCCGGGGUAGUCCGCAGAAGCCGCAGCGGCCGCCCCUGCCCCUCCCCUUGAUCCCCGGGCCAGGGAGGGACCGAGCCCGCGUCACGCCCCUCAGCGCUCGUCGCUUUCUUCUCUGUCGUUGCGUCCGCAUCGUGUCCCCGGAAUCAGACGGUGGUGCCCCAUAGAUGGCCAGCUUUCCCCCGAGGGUCAACGAGAAAGAGAUCGUGAGAUCACGAACUAUAGGUGAACUUUUAGCUCCAGCAGCUCCUUUUGACAAGAAAUGUGGUCGUGAAAAUUGGACUGUUGCCUUUGCUCCAGAUGGUUCAUACUUUGCUUGGUCACAAGGAUAUCGUACAGUAAAGCUCGUCCCAUGGUCCCAGUGCCUUAAGAACUUUCUCUUGCAUGGCACCAAGAAUGUUACCAAUUCAAGCAGUUUAAGAUUGUCAAGGCAAAAUAGUGAUGGUGGUCAGAAAAAUAAGCCUCGUGAACAUAUUAUAGACUGUGGAGAUAUAGUCUGGAGUCUUGCUUUUGGGUCUUCAGUUCCAGAAAAACAGAGUCGAUGUGUAAAUAUAGAAUGGCAUCGAUUCAGAUUUGGACAAGAUCAGCUACUCCUUGCCACAGGGUUAAACAAUGGGCGUAUCAAAAUAUGGGAUGUAUACACAGGAAAACUCCUCCUUAACUUGGUAGAUCAUACUGAAGUGGUCAGAGAUUUAACUUUUGCUCCAGAUGGGAGCUUGAUUCUAGUGUCCGCUUCAAGAGACAAAACUCUCAGAGUGUGGGACCUGAAAGAUGAUGGAAACAUGAUGAAAGUAUUGAGGGGGCAUCAGAACUGGGUGUACAGCUGUGCAUUCUCUCCUGACUCUUCUAUGCUGUGUUCAGUUGGAGCCAGUAAAGCAGUGGUGGCAGCAAUAUUGGUGUGAUUGAGGUUAUGCUGGCACCACUCGCACACAGGCGCACAAUGGUGUUAGCUGGGCAGAAAGAGUGGCAUCUCUGGCUACCGGGCUGGGGGCGACCUUUACCAUAGGAUGAAGUAACCUUGCAUUCGGCUGCAAGGUGUACUGUACGUACACAGGUGCUGGUCGAUGUCCACUUUCUGCUUUUCUUUCUUUCUUUUUUUCUUUUUUAAAAUAAUUUUCCCCACAGUGAAAUCCACUGACUCCUCCAAGUAAAUUGAUCUUCCAGUUUGAUGGAAUUGGGAGUCUUGACAAGUGAAACCAAUUUAAUGUAAAGUAAUUGACUUUCAAAUGGUUUCUCUGUGCUAUUUUUUGGAAUUCUAUAAGAUGCUAGAGAUAGCUUAAGUCUUUGAUCCAACUUAAAAUUUGUACUUAUUUUCUUUUACAAAUAAUAUAUUGUGUCUGUGCAGAAAAAAGUAGCGGAAAGGAUUGCUUUACUCCCAAGAGGAGGAGAUGUUGUCUUGCUAGGAUUGUUAUAAUCCUCCAAGCUCACAUUUAAUAUAACAGACUGAAGUAAACAUUAGAAUCCUAUUUGGAGCUAUUCUGCACAGUCUAACUAUUGAUCUUUAGAAUCUAAAAUUGUAUGUGAACUUAUUCUUAAAUAAUUGAACUAUUUUAUACUUAAAAUGACUAAUGAUUGUGUGGUCAGUUUGGGAAAAAUAAGAUUGGUAAAUCUUGAUUCACAGAAAUGUGUAAUUAUAUUAUUUUCAUAAAAUAGCAUUUUCAUUUUGUAAUGUGGUUUAACAUCCUUGUUGUUUGCCAAAUAAAUUUCAUUUGGCUGUGAAAAUUCUCUUUGCUUGCAGUAUCUGUUUCUCUUCCUAGGCUCACGUUGGUGACCCAAGCCUAUUGUAAACAAGUGAUUAUCUCAAAGGGAGAUGCCAAUGGAGUAACAAUUUGUUAACCUUACGUUUUCUGUCUGUAUAUUUUUUAAAAAUUUGGUAGUUUCUGGAAAAAAGAGAAGGGGGUUUGUAGUAUUUAACCCUAUUUAUUUCUGUAUAUUUUAGUUAAUUAGUUUUUGGAAUAAAUGGAUUUCAGUAUAACUUUGUGGUUAAAUUGCAUUGCCUUUAUGUGUAGGCUUAUUUUUUAAUUAACAUUUAACAGAAAAACAUUUGAAAUAGAAUUUGCAUGUCUGCUUUAAUUAACUUAAAAGACUGAUUUUAAUCUGACUAUGACACUGAGCGUAUUCUUUAAAUUACUCAUAAUUUAUAAUGUUUAAUUUAAUAUAAUCUUAAUAAAAUUUAGCAGUUUUAGUUUAAGAUGUGCCAUUUUGUUCUCUGUGUGUCUGAAUGAAGCUAUAACAUUUGCCUUUUUAUUGCAGGUUUUCCUUUGGAAUAUGGAUAAAUAUACCAUGAUACGGAAACUAGAAGGACAUCACCAUGAUGUUGUAGCUUGUGACUUUUCUCCUGAUGGAGCAUUACUGGCUACUGCAUCUUAUGAUACUCGAGUAUAUAUUUGGGAUCCAUAUAAUGGAGAGAUUCUGAUGGAAUUUGGGCACCUGUUUCCCCCACCUACUCCAAUAUUUGCCGGAGGAG